GAAGUGCGCGUGUGUAAUAACUCAAUUCGCAUUUGCACUCCUAAACAUCGCGAUUUUUAAAAACUUUUACAAAGAGUAAAGUCUACUAAACUUAGUCCACUCUUUUCAUAACAUAUUCUAGUUUAGGGAACAGAAAACUGUAUUGAGAUCAAAUGUUUCAUCGAUGAGAAAAUUGCAGAACGUCGGCCAAACUCAAUCUCGUUCCAUCUUCUCCCACUGCCUGCCAGUCGGCUUCCUCUCACUACCAUGGAAACACCAAGCAGACGCUUCACGUCUGUACAUCCGCUAAAAUAUCUGUCUCAUUGUUCUAUCUGUGAUUGUACUGCAUGUCUGUGUCCGUCGUCAGAGACCGGUCGUCACUAGUUAAAACAGCCACAAAGUCUUAAUUAUGUCUCAACUCCGCCCAUUUCUGCUAUUUAUUUGGUUAAAAUCGGAUUUAAAACCCAACCACAAUACUAACCGUAUACCUUACCCUAGCCUUAAAUUAAGAACAAAAAGCAAAAAUGUUGUAGACAAUUUUGACUCUGUGGCUGUGUUACUUAGUGUGGAAACCAGCUACGUAACCUCUUUAAAAUCAUCUAACUUUUUUUUGUGGAUUGAUUGAUAUUAGCGCGGUCGUAGGCUAAAUCUACCGAAAUGGGGAAGAGGGACAACAGAGUGUCUUAUGUGAACCCAAUAGCUGCAUCAUGUGCCAAUGGACCCGCACCCAAUGCAGGACCCUCUAUCCAGGAUUACCUGAGAAGACCACGGCCAACAUGGGAAGAGGUGAAGGAGAUCAUAGACAGGAAGAAGAAAGGCUCCAGAGCCUUGGUGGACUUUGAGGACCAAAUGAACUCGAAUUGGAAGAAGGAGCUGGCGAAGAACAGAGAGAAGUUACUAGGUGGCGUUGACAAAGACAAGGAGAAAGAGAAAAAGAAGAUCGAGAAAGGAAGGAAAGGAAAGAAAUCCAACAGGCAUUCCUCUCCUUCAUCCUCCUCAUCAAGUUCUGAUUCCUCUAGCAGAUCUUCCUCAGACUCUGAAGACGAGAAUGAAAAGAGCACCAAAAGGAAAAAGCGGUCCUCCAAGAAAGCAUCGGAUGACUCUACUGUAGAAUUGGAGCCCGACGGCAAGGGUGAGAAGAGCCGCAGGAAGAAGAGGAAAGCUGAGCGACGUCGUAAAGACUCCUCAGAGUUGUCCGCUGACUCCGACAUGAAGGUUGUAAGUGUUUUUACUCAUCAUUUGCCAUGUUUAAUGAACAUGUGUUAUGUAUUGAUUUAGAUGACUGCUUACAGUGGGGCAAAAAAAGUAUUUAGUCAGCCACCAAUUGUGCAAGUUCUCCCACUUAAAAAAAUGAGAGAGGCCUGUAAUUUUCAUCAUAUGUACACUUCAACUAUGACAGA